UUUUUAGCCAUUGAUCAACAGUGGGAUGGCAGUGGCAGCGUCACAUUCCAUCGAUUAAAAAUUAUCCAAAUCAAGUUCUAAUUGUCCACAAUUUAUCCAACGACAUGUAAUCUAGAAUAAUUGGUCUAUUGUUAAAAUAAAGCUCUCAAGAGAAUUUAUUUGCUUAUCCCAUCAGUGUAAUAUAAAAUGUGUGGCAUUUCCAAUGAAGAAGUAAGCUUAACGAAAGCUAGCAAACAAUAGCAUAGGCCACAAUUUAAGGCAUAUAAUAUACACAUAGCUUGCGUUUCCACCAUUAUAUUAACCUUGACUAGCUUCCAAGGAUUUGAGCCUAUAUUUUUAUUUUCUACUUCAACCCCUCACUUUUUCUUCUUCUGUCAACGUGAACUAAGAUUCUACAGAUUCUUCCUAGAAAUUAUGCACUUGAAACAAUACUGUUGUUUCCUCAAAGAUGAAAGGCAAAGCAAAAUACAGGUUGCCAACAAGAAGAACAAUAGGGACUAUCCAUGGGAAAUGUACACGUUGAAGGAGUUGCUUCGUGCAACAAACAACUUUGAUCAAGAUAAUAAGAUUGGAGAGGGUGGAUUUGGAAGUGUUUAUUUUGGUCGAACAAGUAAAGGCGUUCAGAUUGCAGUGAAGCGGUUGAAGACAAUGACUGCAAAGGCAGAGAUGGAGUUUGCAGUGGAAGUGGAAGUAUUAGGAAGAGUGAGGCAUAAAAAUUUGUUGGGAUUGAGGGGAUUCUAUGCAGGAGGAGAUGAAAGGUUGAUUGUGUAUGAUUACAUGCCUAACCAUAGCUUGCUCACCCAUUUGCAUGGUCCACUUGCUAAGAAAUGUCAGCUAGAUUGGCCUAGAAGAAUGAGCAUAGCAAUUGGAACUGCUGAAGGUUUAGCGUAUCUGCACCAUGAAUCAACUCCUCACAUCAUACACAGAGAUAUUAAGGCAAGCAAUGUUCUUCUAGACGCUGAAUUUCAAGCCAAGGUUGCUGAUUUUGGUUUUGCAAAGCUGGUACCAGAUGGUGUGACCCAUCUUACCACAAAAGUUAAAGGCACCCUAGGAUAUUUGGCACCAGAAUACGCCAUGUGGGGGAAGGUUUCUGAGAGCUGUGAUGUUUACAGCUUUGGAAUUUUACUUUUGGAGAUUAUUAGUGCCAAGAAACCAAUUGAGAAAUUCCCUGGAGAAGUGAAAAGGGACAUUGUUCAAUGGGUCACACCAUAUAUCAACAAAGGCCUCUUCAACAACAUUGCUGAUCCAAAGUUGAAGGGGAAAUUUGAUUUGGAGCAAUUGAAAAACGUUACCACCAUAGCUCUUAGAUGCACCGAUAGUAGUGCGGAUAAGAGGCCUAGCAUGAAAGAGGUGGUGGAUUGGCUCAAGAAUGGUGUAGGGAACACUUAAUUAGGAGAAGAUUUUGAGUAUCAAAGAGUAGACACGAAGAAAAUGGCAAGAAUGAUACUGUGACAGGAGACUUAUGUAAAACAAUCUAAGAAGUUUAAAAAAUCACCCAGUGAUCUGUAUAAAGUGAUAUAAAUUUGUGUUUUUUAUUUUGGUUUAUUUGUGAAAUGAGACUGACAUUUAUUUAUAUUUGAGAAAAAUUAAGGUAUCUUUACGGCAGUAAUGACCUUUUUGAAGUUGCUCUAUGUAGGAAGCUACCAGUAAAACCAUACGACGACUAGGUCUUCUAGUCUAGAAUUAUUGGGCUAUAAGUUUAUAUACGCAGUUCUAUAUAUGAUAUUUUUUAUGUUGUUA